AUGAUCGCGGUGCUAAACCAGGUUGAGGUCUUCAUUUCGGAGCUUCGGCCGUUGCGGGGCUUUCACGUGCUCAACUUUGACCCGGAGGGCCCGGUGAGGAUCAGCGCGGUGAACUUCCUGGACGGUGUGGGGCGGCAGGAGAUUCAGCUCUUCGAGGGCGAUGCUUCGACGGGCGUCUUGGACUUUGCCCUAAGGAACUUGUUGCCGCGGCAGCCCUUGGCGGUGCCGCUGCUGCUGGCGGUGAAGCGUUGGGCAUGGAGACGCCAGCUCUUCCCCUCUGGCUGGGUCUGGUUGCCGGGCUGA